AUGCCUUCCAUAGAAUUAGGCGAAUCCAUACCGCCCGAUACAGCACACGCUGUUAGUGUCUCAUUACCGACUUGGGCAUCCAACGUUGGCUAUGAGGAAGGCGCAUCUUGGGUCCUCAGCCGAAUGACUACUGGCUAUCCUAGAUUCUUCAUACAUAAGACUAUUGCUGAGUUAGGCCGUGCAAUUGCAACUAGCUAUGGGAAACAAGACCAGCAAGCCAUGCUCUUUUCUACACCAGAAGCAGCGGAACGUUGUUUAGACUUCAUGCGACAGAGGGCUCCCGAUACUCUUGCUAUCCAGCUCCAUUCGGUAGCAUUUGAGCUCAACCUCUCUGAAAAUACCUCUCCGGUUCUCGGCGGUCUGUCGUCAACUAUUGCCGCGGCUUUGUUUCCCGCAGAAGCUUUUGGGCUUGCCAAGCAAUACUGGCAGCACACUGGAGAUGGAAUUUCAAGUCGCCGCGCAGAGUUCUGUCAUGACCUUCUGCGAGCCGGCAUUCUAGUACCGAGCAACUCCAAAAAUUCCAUUCUCGAAACUACCUUGAAGCCCUCGCGAGGUCCUAAGCGGUACCAACGCACGAAUUCGGUAGAUGAAACCGCAGUUCCCGAUGCCAAGGUCACCACCACGGCUUUCAACGACAACAAAGAAAGUUCUAGGUUUCUGGAAGAGAGGUUCGGUAGGAAUCUGGACUUGACUCUGGCCGCAAAAGCGAAAUCAGCAAUUCGACGCAGGAUUGCUGGGUCACUUAUCAGCGAACUUGAUUUGACAGCAGAGACAGUUACAGAGCCCUUGGUUUCGUCUGUUCGCGCCAACAAUCUAAGCGAAUCUGAUAUAUACCUCUUUCCCGCAGGUAUGAAUGCAAUCUUCAACGCGCAUCGUGCAUUGAUGGCUGCCAGGGGUCAGCUUCAGAGCGUCAGUUUCGGGUUCCCUUACGUUGAUACUUUGAAAAUACUGCAAAAAUUUGGUCCUGGCUGUAUAUUCUAUGGCAAUGGUUCUUCCUCGGAUCUAGAUGACCUCGAACAUCGAUUGGGGAAGGGGGAACAUAUUCUGGCCCUCUUCUGUGAGUUUCCUGGGAAUCCUCUCUUGGCCAGCCCAGAUUUGCGAAGAAUCCGGGAACUCGCCAAUGAUUUCGAUUUCGCGGUCGUUGUGGAUGAAACUAUUGGUACGUUUGCAAACAUCAAUGUUCUUCCAUUCGCCGAUAUUGUGGUUAGCAGCCUCACCAAAAUAUUUUCUGGUGAUUCUAAUGUGAUGGGGGGGAGCGCUGUCUUAAACCCCGGCAGCAAAUACUACAAACUGCUGAAAACCGCAAUGGAAACUGUGGUCGAAGAUAACUAUUGGCCGGAAGACAUUAUCUUCAUGGAGAGGAACAGUCGAGACUUCCUUAACCGAGUGGGAAGGGUCAAUGCGAAUGCUGAGGCCAUCUGCGACAUUCUACGGGGCCACCCUCUUGUAAAAGACCUCCUCUACCCAAAGUUCAAUUCGUCUCGGGAUCACUAUGAGCGCUGUCGUCUGCCGCAUGGUGGGUUCGGUGGCUUGCUGUCUGUUGUCUUUCAUCAACAGGUCAGCGCGCAAGCUUUUUAUGACGAGAUGGAUAUCGCGAAGGGGCCAAGCUUGGGCACAAACUUUACAUUGUGCUCUCCGUAUACCCUAUUGGCUCACUACGGUGAGCUCCCUUGGGCGGCACAAUUCGGUGUAGAUCCGGACUUAGUACGUGUCAGUGUCGGACUGGAAGACAAAGAUACCCUCAGUGACACAUUUCGCAGGGCUCUCGAGGCCGCUGACAGAGCCACGAGCGCGAGUAGGUAG